UGGAAUUGAAGUUAAACAUUAACUCAAGAAGUAAAUGAAUGAAUUUUUUUGUUUAACUUUUAGGUUUUGAUUAAUUAUAAGCCGUUCACUGCUUUUUUUAACAUAACAAUCCCUCGGCCAUUAAUUUGAAUUGUUUAUUAUCUUUGAAUUUUGUGACUAGAUUAUGGGUCGAGGCCGACCAGUGCCAAGGAGAGGUCGACCUCCCAAGGAUGCCGAAUCUGCUAAGAGAUUGGCACAAUUGAGAAAACCUAAAUAUCUUUACUCGGGACAAAAACAGCAACAAGGAAAAUCUACCACCAGUAGUUCAUCUCACAAUACACCUCGGUCAAGAUCUAAAAAAAAGCAACCAUGGGAAGGUGAAUCUGAUGAAGAUGAUUACACAUCUACUUCUUUCUCUAGAAUCUCUCGGAGUGCUUACUUUGAAGAUGCUGAUGAUGAGGAGGAUAAAUCACUUCUUUCUUUUGGUGAUGAUGGGAAAACUGGUCAAUGGGACGAAGAAGAUGAUAUGGAAGAAGAUGGUGAUGAAGAUGAUAUCUCUGGAUCACCUUCUGCUCCUUUAACUGCUUUCGAUUCAAAAUUAAAAAUGGGUCGUUUUCUUAGAGCUCGAUCUCCACCAAGAUAUGAGGAAGACAAGCUCGCUGAUAUGCCCCCUUUAAAGCUACCUGAAUCAUCAGCUGAUCUUCUUUUACCGCCUCAUCUUUCAUCCAAAUAUUUGAUGAAAAUUUUAAGUGUUUAUGAAGUUCUCAGUCAAUUUAAAUUUCAAUUGAGACUUUCUGCUUUUCGUUUAGAAAAUUUCAUUUCCAGUUUGCUUCUAAAUGAAAGUAAUUCUCUUCUUUCAGAGAUUCAUAUAUGUCUAUUGAAAACUUUAAUUCGAGAAGAUGAAGCCAAUUCAACUCUUUUUGGUUCUCAGGAUGUUAAAGACUCUAUAGGAAUUUAUUUAUACAAUUGUGACCCUUUAACAUGGCCUACAACCUUACGAAUGUACAUUAUUGCUCGUCGUAGAGAGGAGACACCCGAUACAAAGGCUAUAAUUAAUCUUCUUAUUCAAAACAAACAGUAUGAAGAGUAUCCAAUUAAUGUUCCAUUUCAACACAAGGUGAAAGUGCUUUCCUUUUUGUGUGACACUUUUCUUGAGACAAAUGUUGCUCGAGAUGAGAUUUUAAAUGGUGAAGAUGGUGUCCGUCAUGAUGACCAUUGUCGUCGAUGCCAUAAGCUGGGUGAUCUUUUAUGUUGUGAUCGAUGUGCAUCUGUUUGGCAUCUUGGUUGUUUAGAGCCUCCCAUGACGGAUGUGCCUGAAGACGAAUGGGUCUGCUCUAUUUGUAAACAAAUGGCCAAAGAAACUGGUUGUGCCAAUGAAGAUGGUACCAUAGCCUCUUUUGGGGAUGAUGAAGGUCUCUUUUUGAGACGUUAUAUACUUGGUUGGGAUAGGCAUGGAAAUAAAUAUUGGUGGCUGUGCCGUCGAUUGAUCAUUGAGUUCAACAAUGAGCAACAAGAAGCAGAUGAAAAUGGAGAUAAAGAGGACAAGUGCAUCUACAUUUCAACAAAGGCAAAAUUCUUGGAACUAAUGAAAUCCCUGGACAGAGAAGAAUAUGAGAAAGACCUUUACACUGUUCUCAAUGAAAUUAAAGAUGAAAUUUUUAAAGCCAUGGAGAGAACUGAUAGAAUGACCAAAGAAGCUUUUAAGGCAACUGGAAUUGUCAGAGCAAUGAAAACAUGGAUUGAAUUUGAAAGUGAAGUUGCCGAACCUGUGGUUAAAGAGGAGCCCGUGGAAAAGAUUGAAGAAAAACCAGCAAAUGUUAACAGUGAAGGAAUCAUGACUCGUCUCAAGACAGGGUCAUUGAAAGAAAAAGGUUCAGGAUCUGAUAAUGGUAAAGACGAUGAAAAGGAAAUGCUUAUGGUUUUCGAUGAAGCUUUGGAUCCAAAUUUUUUAUACCGAAUGUCUCGUAGAGAUGCGAUUGCUAGAGGUCUUUUCUUUAAACUUGGCAUGGAAACCAAAAAUUAUACCAACAUAUUUUCUAUGAAUAUGCUCGCAUUAAAUAAGCAUCAACUUGCCGAUGAACGUGACAAAAAACGCCAUUUAUCUCAUAAAUUUAGUCUCACUCCACUUUCUGAGCUUAAGUGGCAAGGUCUAGUUUAUGGACCUCUCAAAACGACCAUAGUCCAAACUCUUCGUCAAACUUUGGUUCAAUUUGAAAAUCAACUUGCAGCCCCUUUCAUGCAUCCUAAUUGGUCUUUACACCGACAAAAUUGGCUCAAAGCUGUAUCAAUGUGUAACCAACCUAAAGACUUUACCUUGGCUCUUUCAAUCCUGGAAGCAUCUAUGAAACCUGUAUUAUUCAAUCCAGUUUGGAAUGAGGCCUUGGGUCACACCAUUUUAGAUCGUAACACCAACUUUGAGAGAGAAGAACGAAAGAAAGAUGAGAAACGAGAAAGGCGGGAAUUCAUGGAAGAGCAAGAGAUGAUUAUCAGAACAACUGGUGGGGUCAAAUAUUCAAUUAUGCCCCAUCGAGGUCUUGUAUUGGAAAAAGCUGGUAACAUUUGGUUCGGUUUUGGUACCCAAAGUGGAUCCAUAGGCUUUGGUACCACUGGUGGUGUUGGUGAAGGAGGUGGUCGCGGUGUUCAAGCGCUUUGGAAACAACGUGGUGAAGAGUAUCGAGUUAGCGGUAGUGGAGGCUGGAUGUUUGUCUCUAUUGCUAGAUCUCGUUUUCCUCUACCAUCAAUUGAUGUUGAACGUGUCGAUGAAUUGGAAAUACCCGAAGAAUAUUCUGGUGAACUAAUUAGCAUUGCUUUUAUCGAUGUUGGAGUAGAUCUCAGAAAAGAAAGAGAGGAUCGCCUUUACUAUCGAAAGUAUCGACCAUAUAAAAAUAAACGUAAAGGUACAAAGUGCAUCGAAAGUUUCUUGGACCGUCGUCUACAAUUAGAAGAAGCUAUUCUUCAACAGAAAUUGAAAGCAGAAGAAGAUGACAGAUUAAAACCUGAGGACGUUGACGAAGAUGAUUAUGAUACCAAAUGUUACUCUCCACUUUGUCGGACCACUGGUAUUGCUGCUUUUGACUCCUUGUGUUAUUGUAUCAGCUGUAGAAACAGACAAAAAGCUAAGAGAAUCAAAUUGGAACAAGAGAAAAAGGAUAGAGAAGAAAGAGAGAAACGCUACAAAAUAGCAAAACAAGAGCAAGAAAAAGGUGAUAUGCAAGACGUUAUUGCCGAUUGCAAAGAUAGAGUGUAUCUAAAUCGAGUAGAGAAAAAAGUAGUUAAAGAAGGUGAAAAAGAAGAGAUAAAGUUUACUAUCUUUAAGACUAGUGGUAAACGAAUCUUAGGUAAAGGACAAUUACCUCCUUGUAAUAGAUUCACUACUUUGAAAGGAAAGAAAAAAUCGAUCUUCGUUUUGCCUAAACAUGAACUUCGUCGACUUUCCCGUAACGCCAACCUACGUGAAGUGUCUGGUUUCAACUAUACCGGUAAAUUCAAUAAAUACCUUUGGCCCUAUGGUAUUUCACCUCGUCCAAUUUUCCGAUAUUGCUGGUUAUGGCGAAACACUUUACCUCAAGGAUAUCAUAAUCUGAAUUUAGUGGCUUCACAAUUACGAACCAUUUGGUCUUGUAUCCGUUGGGAUGAUAUGCAAGUUAAACCACCACCUUCUGGUAACAAUACAAUCACCAAUGAAAAUGAAGUAAUCACCACUGAACUUUUGAAACGACGAGAUUUGGCUCCAUUCGGAAUUCGUUCUGAGUAUCUUGUGAGGAAAAUCAUUGUUCCUUUGGUAAAUGAUGAUCCGGCAGAUGAGAAAGAUACACCUUAUGGACCAGGAAGAGCUGAAGAAAGUUAUAAUCGAGCUGGUCGACGUAUUAGAGAAGGUCUGAGAGAAAGAAAAAAGAAAGUUGAUGAAGAAGAAGAACGUCGCCGUCGAGGACCUUCGGUUACCGAAAGUUGGGUUGGUGAAGAAGAACUCGAACUUUGGGAAAUUAAAAUGUUCGGCGAACGAUUAGAGAGACAACAACAAAUGAAGGAGAUCGAGAAGCGUAAACAACUCGAAGAGAGUCUUAAGAAACAAAAAGAAGAAGCUCAAGUCAAACGAUUUAAAACUUUAGGAGGUACACCAACAUCGGGUAAAGUUACUUCGUUAAUUAGUGGUCCUAAACGAACUAUUUUCAACAGUCGAACUCCCGUUACUCCAACAGUAACUUCAACUAUUACUACAACAACCCCAUCAACACCACAAUUGAUUACUCAAGCUCAGCAGUUUGCAGUGAUUAGAACGGACAGUGGUCAAACAUUCAAGGUUCCUGCAAGUGCAUUGCAAGGUAAACAAGUGGGACAAAAAAUUAUCAUCAAACAAGGUGGCAAUUCGGCUACAUCAACAACCGCUACCAUUAUAUCAACUGGUACACCACCGACAGUCACAACUGCACCUACACCGACAAUCAUUGCAACUCCAAGACCAGCUGUUACCCCAGGGUCCACUAUUACUCUGUCCAGUAUUGGAGGUCUUCGACCUACUCGAAUUGUUGGCUCAACACCGACUGUUCGACCUCUUAUAUUAGCAGGUACCCCAACAACUGACGCGACAACCACCACACCAGGUACAGUGACUCCCCUCAACAAUGGACAACAAAGGAUCCAGAUUAUUAAGCCUGUUGUCGGUGCUUCCCCCCAGACCGUGAAAACAGUGACCAAUACUGGUGUUACCAUUAACGCAGCCAAUGCCUCAGGUGCCAUUACUACACCGAACGCUGCAGGUGCUUCGCCCCAACAAAUAAUACAAAUUCCAAUUCGAUUCGCUGAUAAUAGGGUUCAGAUCAUUCAAAUUCCUUUGUCAAUGUUUUCUUCGAGUCAACCGAUUCAAAUCUCAAUCCCAUCUUCAGUAACGCAACAAACAACACAAACGGUCACCGUAACCACAACACCACAACCAACUACAACCGCUGCUGCAACAUCAGCUCAAACACCAACAACCUCUCAAGCAAUCAAAAUAAUCAGCAGUACAUCUAAUUUAACAUCAAAUCCAUCAACAGCAGCCUCAUCAACCAAUACAAUCGCACCAAACACUACUCGUAUCAUCACUUUGAAAACCAACCCUCAACCAACUACUCCAAUCGCUGGAACAUCUAUCCCUACAUCAUCUUUAUUCACCUCUCCAUCUACGAUCAAUGUCACUGAACCAGUAAAACCGGGAAGUAUUCAAUUGAAAUUGAAUCAAACAUCAUCAUUAUCAUCUUCAUCUGGGACCAUUACCCCUGCUGGUACCACAGCAACUUCAAUAAAACUCACUCCUUCUCAGACAUUAACAACUCUGACACCAAGUGCAGCACCACUGGUUUCGAGUUCAUCCACAGUUACCACCGCAAGUACAACAACAACGAUUUUAUCUUCACCGGCUAAAUCUACAAGUUUAGUUCGCCCAUUGUUCCAGUCACCGGUGGGUACACGAAUUUUGGUCCAACAACAACCUAACAACACUGCAACAACCAUCCACAAAGUAACUGCACCUUCAUUAAAACUCAUCACACCGCUGUCAGACUCUGGCGAUAAACCAACAGCCGAUGCAGUUAAUAAACCAUUUGUACUAACCCAAGAAAUUCAAGAUCGAAUCGUAAGACAAGCUUUACUCAACACAAACCCUUCAACAUCACCAGAAGUUCAACAAAAGCUUCUCGCUUGGCAAAAGAAGCAACAACAACCUGGUCAAGUAGUAGUCACUCCCGCCAUCAUCGAUUCCACUGGAACUGGUCGAACAUUGACCCCAGGAGGAACUAGUCGAUCUAAAGGAACGAAACGAGCUCGAAACUCUUCAACCACAACAACCAUAACACCAGCCACAGUUCCAGCUGCUUCGUUGACCGGUGAUGAUCUUUGCCUUCUAGAUUGUCAACAAGUACUUAAUGGUAUCCUUGAUAAGAUUGAUAAAGAUGAAAAGAUGGAAUUGCGGCGUAAAAAAGCAAAAGAAAACCAAUUCCAAUCAAAAUGGAAGUCUCUAUUAACAAAGAAAAGAGAUUCUUUAAAUGACGCUGCCGAAGCGCUUAAACGAGAUAUCGCUCGUAAAAAGAGCUUAAUGAAAGAUAAACUUUGCAAAGAAAUUCAAGCUGAGAUAACCAAAGAAAGUCCGGUCAAGAAGAAAGAGACAACACCAAACAAGCAAUCAAAUGGAGCAGCAAACAAAAGCAUCACAAGUAACAGUAGUUUGAGUAAUAAUACGAGCAGUAGUAAUGAAGGUUCUCAAAAGAGGAGGAAAGUUUCCGAUUCAAGUUCGGAUGUAUCCCGGCCUCCUCUCAAAAUACGCAUAAAAAUUACCCCUCGCACCCCUAAAGGAAGCACAAGGGACUCAAACACCACCAAUACUACAACAACAAGUAAUAAGAACAAAAAACUUUACUGUAUCUGUAAAACACCGUACGACCCGACGCGAUUUAUGGUUGGAUGUGAUAGUUGUCAUAAUUGGUUCCAUUCGGAUUGCCUUAGAUUGGAUGAAGAGGCGGUUCAGAAAAAGAAAAGUUGGAUUUGUAAUGAUUGUCAUGAAAGUGAUGAAGAAGAUGAUGAAAGUAUGUCAGAAUCAUCUGAAGAUGAAUGAACAGAGAGAGAGAAAAAAUCUUUUAAUUAUACCCUUUGAUUGUCUGUUGAUUACAAAUUAACAAGAUUAAUUGUAAAUUGACCCAAACAUUAUUAGCACACCUUAAACACCCUUGAUGAUUCAAUAAUUGAUGAUAAUUUUCUAAUUGUGAUUCUUUAAUCAAAUUAGAAUAAUAAAACUUUAACUUCCACCAGCGA